AGCGAGCGGAUGAUCCCGGUAACACGUGUCAGAGCUGUAUUGUCAUCAUCAACCGGUUUGGACUGGAACUGCAACUCAGUCACGGGCAAAGAGAGAUGCACGUGGCAUCUGUUUACAGUGUAAUUUACAGUAAAGAAUAAAUUUAAACAGAAGCAGUCAAAUUAAUCGAAUGCCAUAAACGCGGUUUUGUCCGCGUCGCCGAAAACUACCCAGCACGAAAAAAAAGACCCAUCCGCCGCGCAAAGAGGAUGGUACCUUUACAUGCAUAUUAAUGGACUUUACGUUUUCAGCAGUCUUCGAAAAGUCUUUUAAGCGUGGACGGGAAAUGAUCGAUGCUGGGGUGACACUGCAGGCAGGUUUCGUCCGUUGUCAUGAGAAAGGAAGUUAGAGGAGCAUCGAAAUGUGAAGCUGGACCAGCGAGAACAGCUUCAAACCGGUUUAAACGCCUGGCAACAAAAGCCGGAGCUCGUGCAGAACACAUCGCACAAUGAUGAAGGACAGACCGGGAUGUUUCAGCUCAACACAAUCAUCCGUAUAGAUCACAGUGGGCAUUUCACAUUAUGACACGAUGACAAGACAUUUCAAAUCAUAACGCAGGAUUGUCCAAAGAGCCAGUUCGACAUCCUGAACUGAAUUUACCACGGAAAUCAUCACCAUUUCCCGGUCGGUGAGGUACCCGGUGUAAACAUGAGCGCCCUGAACACGAAGCAGGCGCCGGACGGAGGAUGGGGUUGGGCCAUUGUAGUUGCCUCUUUCAUGGGUCAGCUUCUGGCCUACGGUUCGCCUCAGUCCGUGGGGGUGCUUUACCCUGAAUGGUUAAACACCUUCCAUGACAGCAAAGGCAUGACAGCGUGGGUCGGUUCUCUGGUGUCUGGGGUCGGUCUCAUCGCUAGUCCCAUCUGCAGUGCCUGCGUCGUGAACUUUGGGGCCAGACCUGUGACCAUCUUCAGUGGGGUCAUGGUCUCUGGAGGACUUAUGCUUAGCGCUUUUGCACCCAAUGUUCAGUUUCUCAUCUUUUCCUAUGGGAUUGUUGUUGGACUAGGCUGUGGACUUGUUUAUGCUGCUACUGUAACCAUUACAUGCCAGUAUUUUGACAAGAGACGUGGUCUUGCUCUUGGCAUCGUUACAACAGGUACGAGUAUUGGAGGUUUCCUCUACGCUACUGUCCAGAACGAGUUCAUUGCACUGUUUGGACUCGACGGUUGUCUUCUGCUCAUCGGCUGCUUUGCACUGAACAUCAUCGCCUGUGCCGGACUCAUGAGACCGCUGCACCUGCCGGCCUACUACCUGAAACAGAGAGCAGCGCUGGCUGAGAAGGCAGAGGAGAAGGUUCUGGAAAUGACCCCCGUCGUGGAAGACCCAAUCAAAAAGAAUCAGUCCGUCAACGUACUAAUCACAGGGGAGACGAAAGAGCCUCCACCGUACGAGAAGAGCCUCGUGAGCUACGCGGCGUUGGUGCGCCUCGUGAAGAAGAAGCAGAAGGAGUACUCUGAAUACUUGCACUCGACGGCAGAGCUGCUUCAGAACGGGGUCUUCCUGGCCACCUGCGUGUCUUUGUUCGCCUAUUGCUUGGGAGCGUACACUCCACUUCUCUUCCUGGAGGAUUUGGCCCAGACCGAGGGUUUGAUCAGUGGCAUCAGCACCAUCCCGUUGGUCUCCAUCAUGUCCAUUGCUGCUGGCGUGGGAAAGCUGCUGCUGGGCGUCACGAUGGAUAUCCGCUGGAUGAACAGCAUCUUUCUGUACACCUUCACUCUGCUGGGAACAGGGGUGGCUCUUCUCAUAAUCCCCGUCACCAAGAACUACGCUGGGCUGCAGGUCAUCUCAGCGCUGCUGGGGUUUUUUUCUGGAAACUGGUCCGUCAUACCCUACUUGACCACUAAGGUUGUGGGAAUGGAUCGUCUGACUGAAGCAUACGGGAUCUUGAUGUUCUUUGGUGGAUUUAGUAUAAUGCUCGGACCUCCAGUCGCAGGCUGGAUUUAUGACUGGAUGCACUCGUACGACCUGGCGUUCUACUUCAGCGGGAGUUUCGUGCUGCUGGGAGGAGCUGGCCUUUUCCUCGCCGCCGUGUGCUGUAAGAACAACAACCCACAGGAAACCAACACGCCAGACGCAGAAUGCAUUACCGACUAUGACAAAGUGGCAACUGUUGCCUGAAGCACGACUACAAGAUUAACUGCUGCUCAGCAGAAAACUUCCCACACUCUGUAAUUAAAAAAUAGCUGAAGCGUACCUUACACUGAACAUGUCAGACCAGUGUUUUCACUCAGCACGUUACACUGAAGAAUUAAGGAAUAAAGGACCGUCCUUUAGCUUGCUAUCGGUGGCCUUGUUUUAGGAGGCUCCGGUUCCGCAUACACAAUUCCUAGCGUUCCUUUUAGAUUUGUUUACUACACGGACGGUACCGAGACGUACGGAGAUGGUGGAGUCCUCAGUGCCAUGUGUCAUCAGUCUUAGAGAAACUUUUUUCGAAAAAAAUCUCACGUUUUAUGAGAUGGCUGUAUUUAUUUUACUUUUUUUUUUUUUUGUAGAAGACACUACACCGCAAAUAAAUGUCAUUUUUGUAAUGGUUUGGGAAUCUGAGAACCAUUCUGCAGUAUUUGGACGGGUGAUAAUGUCUUGUGUUGUACCAAAGUUUCGGUUGUUGUUGGUUUAUUUAUUGUAUUUGAUUUGUCUGUGAAAGCUGUUGGUGAGGUUCAAGCAGACAGCACUAGACUAAUUGUGCUUUCAUGUUCAUGCCUUGUUUUCUAUGCCUUGUUAUGAAAAAUGUUGGAUUUUCUUAGUGAUACAGACUGUAGUCUGUAGCUGAUUUAAAACCACAUGCUAUAAAGCAAUAUGUAUCUUUGAAAUUGCUGUCAGGUUAUUUUUUAUAGCAUCUUUUCAUUUCUUUGUGUACUUUUUGAAAUACCGGCUUAUAUUGAGUGUUUUACACGUUUUGCUGUAGAUUGUGUAUGUUUGUAUUUGUACCGCUUUCCGUUUGUUUCACUUUUUAAAACCUUUGCAAGACAUUAUUACUUGAAAUACGUUUUUAUUAUAUUAAUAUUCAAAAGUGAAAAGUGGAAUGGGACACUUUAAAACGCAAGUCUGCACUUGUUCCAUCACAGGAAAGUUUUUGGUUUAAUCCUACUUUUUUUGUCUCUUUUAUUUGCAUUUGUAUGUUUUUUUAUUUAUUAUUAAAAUUUCACUGGCAUAA